UGUGUAGAAACCUCGUCUGGUUACGGGGCUCGGACUGUCAGUGGCUGGAGCGCUGCGGAUCAUGUGCGAUGUACAGCGGCCGGAGGGCGCCCCCGGGCCGGGCACCAAGGCUUGCAGGAGCCUGUUCGGGCCGGUGGAUCACGUAGAGCUGAGCCGGGAGCUGCACGCCCGGCUGCGGGAGAUGAGGGAGGAGAGCAGCCGCAGGUGGGACUUUGACUUCCAGAGAGGGGUUCCGCUGGCCAGCAGCCGCUAUGCCUGGGAGGAGAGCGGCGAGGAGACCGUGCCCCGCUUCUACCGGACGCCCCGACCCUCGGCCACACCUGAGCGGACUCCCGGGGCACUUACCUCCAGCCCCCCGGCUACACCCGGCCGGACUCCCGGUACACUUACCUCCGACUCCCCGGCUACACCCGGCCGGACUCCCGGUACACUUACCUCCAGCCCCCCGGCUACACCUGACUGCGCCCCGCCUGCACCCACAGCCAGACCCGGAGACAAGAGGCCCCCCGCCCAGAUCACAGAUUAUUUCCCGGCGAGAAAAAAGAAUAAGGUGGUGGCAGCGCUCUGUGACAAGCUGCACGCGGUCUCUCCCAUCCCCACAGAGCACACGCCGCGCAAGAUGAUCCGGUAAGAGAGAUUUGCACUUACGGAGUUGCACAAAACCUCAACGCAAGCGAGGAGCCGAGGACAGCCGAGAACCUCCACUGAGCCGUGAAAUUAAGGACUGAAAACAAAAAACGGACUUUUAAUGAGCUGCCACUUCUCCGGCAGUCGUGGCUCGUAAUGUUAACUGAACCGUGUUUUUUUUCUUUUCUUUGGUCUUUUUAAUUAUUGUUCUUACUUUAAAGUUUAGUUUCGCCGCUGAGCGCUGUUUUUACCUUUCCCCAUUAAUCCACUUGAGUCAUCGCAUUGCUUGAGUCACAAAAGGUUUUGUGACCCAUUUUCAUCCAUAGAGCUCAUCCCCUGCUUGUUCGGUGUCUGCAGAGGCGAUCAUUCAUCAGGAGCGCGCUCUGCCGCCUCAUUAGCGCCUCUUCACCGCCCAGUGCCAUUCUGCCCCAUUCGUAUCUCCAGUCUAGAAGGUGUCACCUUUACACAAGGCACAAUACAGUAAUCUGAAUGCCUGCGGCCUGUUUGCAUUAAAUGGGUUAUGCGAUCCAAAAAAUAAA